CUUUUUCUGCCAAACUUUCUCCAGCUUUUCCUUGGUGUCGCUACCUGUCUUCACCAUGAAACCAUACAUCGGUAUCCCAGCGGUGAUAGUGCUUGUUCAUCGUGCCUGGUCGCGAAAGUCGCUGACCACCCCCGGCCUCAUUGCGGCUGCGCUGACAGCCAGCGCCCAUGCUCUUCAUCCAUGGUCCGCUCCUUUUGUCUUGUUAGGAAUAUUCUACUUUGGGGGCACCAAAGUUACCAAGGUUAAACACGAUGUUAAAGCUCGUUUGACGCUCUCCGCGACCGGCUCCGAGGGCGGCGAGGGUCAGCGUACCCACAUCCAGGUCCUGGCCAACUCUGUCGUCGCUACAGUGCUUGCUCUCCUUCAUACAUAUGUUCUUGCGGGACAACCUGCAAGCGCAACACAGUGCUUUUCGAAUGGUCAUAAUGUGGCGGAUUUGUUGGUCGUGGGAAUAGUCGCGAACUACGCCGCUGUCGCCGCUGAUACAUACUCCUCCGAGCUUGGUAUCCUAUCCAAGUCCAAACCCCGCCUGAUCACCUCCCCCACGUUCCGCGUCGUUCCUCCCGGUACCAAUGGCGGUGUAACUGGAACCGGACUCCUAGCAGGAGUGCUGGGUGCUUUUACAAUUGCUGUGUCGUCCGCUGCUAUCCUACCUUUCUGCGCCGAGGCCGAUACCCUGUCGAUGCUCAAGAGCCGGGCCCAGUGGAUCUUGGCCGUGACAAUGUGGGGAGGUUUGGGCAGUGUGCUGGAUAGUGUCUUGGGUGGAUUGCUGCAGGCUAGCGUGGUCGACAAGAGAACAGGAAAGAUUGUCGAAGGGGCUGGUGGUCAGAAGGUCCUUGUUCACCCCUCUUCUACUAAGCCUGGUGUCCCAGCUGAUACCACCGGUCUGAAGCCUGCUGGGUCAAGCUCGAGUGCGCAGGUACACGCCACCGAGGCAGUAGCUAACACCGCCACUCUGAAAGGAACCAGGGCUACUGGAACAUCGACGGGAACAUCCGCAGGGGAAACUGAAUCGGGACACGAAAGCCGGCGGGUAGAAAGUGGACGGGACCUCUUAGAUAACAACGCCGUCAAUCUUCUGAUGGCCUUUACGAUGAGUGUUGGGGCUAUGGGCGCUGCAAGCUGGGCUUGGGGUCUGAACAUUGCUGACUUGGCUUUGUGGUAGCUAUUGAAGGCUUGAGGCGUAUCUAUGAUCGCAAUGCUUUGAAACGAUUCUUAUGACUUUAAUUGAGUUGAACUAUAUCAAAAAGUGGGUAUAUGCGAAAGGUAGGAAGGAAGAGAAGGAGAUAUGCAUGUGACACUCGCUAGUCGGGCAGGUGCAGAAAACGGUAUGAAAGAAGCCUUAUAUAUAAACAAUAUGAAAGACCAUUACUCCAAC